GGCGCCCGGAUGGGCCGUUUUGAGGUGACUAGAAUGCAGACACUCGCACCCUGACCUGGCUGCCUGGCUACUGACAUGGCCCACCGUGGCGGGGAGAGGGAUUUUCAGACUUCAGCUCGGCGGAUGGGUACCUCCCUGCUCUUCCAGCUCUCGGUGCACGAGCGAGAAUUGGACCUCGUUUUUCUGGAUCAUAGCUAUGCCAAACCAUGGAGCGCCCACCCGGAUGCCAGUAGUGCCCGCCCCACCCGCAUGCUCUUUGUAACGCCCCGUCGGCAGCAGGAGAAUACUAUUGAAUCAGACGUUCCAAUAGAUGUGGAGACGGUCACGUCAACUCCUGUUCCACUCUAUGACAACCAGAAGGCACGAAGCGUGAUGAACGAGUGUGAACGCCAUGUCAUCUUCGCCAGGACAGAUGCGGAUGCUCCUCCCCCACCAGAAGACUGGGAGGAACAUGUCAACAGGACUGGCUGGACAAUGGCUCAAAACAAGCUGUUUAACAAGAUCCUCAAAGCCCUGCAGUCUGACCGGCUUGCACGCUUGGCCAAUGAAGGGGCUUGCAAUGAGCCUGUGCUGCGGCGUGUUGCUGUGGAUAAGUGUGCAAGGAGGGUGCGGCAGGCUCUGGCAAGUGUAAGCUGGGACACCAAGUUGAUCCAGUGGCUGCACACCACCCUUGUGGAGACCUUGAGCCUGCCCAUGCUGGCUGCUUACCUGGAUGCACUGCAGACACUGAAGGGGAAGAUCCCAACUUUGAUCGACCGGAUGCUUGUGUCGUCCAACACAAAGACUGGGGCUGCAGGAGCAGAGGCCUUGUCACUCCUCCUCAAGAGGCCCUGGGACCCCGCUGUUGGUGUGCUUUCUCAUAACAAACCAAGCAAACUCCCUGGUUCUCCUUUGAUUCUCAUCGCCUCCUCUGGUCCCUCCAGCUCCGUGUUCCCUGCCUCACGCCGUCACCGCUUCUGGCAGUCGCAGCUUUCCUGCUUAGGCAAGGUCAUCCCCGUAGCCACCCAUCUGCUGAGCAAUGGCAGUGGCGUCGGAGUUCUGCAGUGCCUUGAACACAUGACUGGGGCAGUAAGAAGCAAAGUGCUGGAGAUUCACAGCCACUUCCCACACAAACCCAUCAUCUUGAUUGGAUGGAAUACUGGAGCUUUGGUGGCUUGUCAUGUGUCUGUGAUGGAGUACGUCACUGCAGUUAUCUGCCUUGGGUUUCCUCUGCUUACUGUGGAUGGCCCCCGGGGGGAUGUGGAUGAUCCCCUCUUGGACAUGAAGACUCCAGUCCUCUUUGUCAUUGGUCAGAAUUCUCUACAGUGUCACCCUGAAGCCAUGGAGGACUUUCGGGAAAAGAUUAGAGCAGAAAACAGCUUGGUAGUGGUUGGGGGAGCUGAUGAUAAUCUCAGAAUAAGCAAAGCAAAGAAGAAAUCAGAAGGGUUGACUCAAAGCAUGGUGGACAGAUGUAUUCAGGAUGAGAUUGUGGACUUCCUGACUGGGGUGCUUACCCGUGCUGAGGGUCAAGUGGGCUCCGAGCCUCGGGAUCAGGAUGCUGAGAAGAAGAAGAAACCCCGGGACUUGGCCCGGAGAGACAUGGCCUUUGAAAUUCCUGAGCGAGGCAGUCGGCCUGCUUCCCCAGCUGCCAGGCUCCCCACAUCCCCCUCAGGCUCAGAGGACCUCUCCAGUGUGUCCAGCAGCCCUACCUCUAGCCCUAAGACCAAAGUGACGACAGUCACCUCUGCCCAGAAGUCUAGUCAGAUUGGGACGCCCCAGCUGCUGAAAAGACAUGUGCAGAGGACAGAAGCUGUGCUGACCCACAGACAAGCCCAAGCACAGUUUGCUGCUUUUCUGAAACAAAACAUGCUGGUGAGGAAAGCUUUUCCUCCUGGCACCUCCUCCUGUCUCUUUGUUCCCAUUUCAUCAGAACCAGUGGAGGAGGCGGAGAAAGAGGAGCUUAGAGUCCAACUGAAGCGGCACCAUCCUUCCAGUCCUCUUCCUGGUGCAAAGCCCUCAAAGCGACCGAAGAUCAAAGUGUCCCUGAUCUCCCAAGGGGACACAGCUGGAGGGCCAUGUGCUCUAUCUCAAGGUGGACCGCCUGAAGCUGCUGGAGGGAAGCCCAUCACCAUGACACUGGGAACGUCAGCAGGAGCCAAGGAGCUCACUGGACUUCUCACCACAGCCAAGUCAAGUCCUUCUGAAGGUGGAGUUACAGCCAGUGCAGCCCCACCUGUGGCUUCCAGCAAUGCCACAUCGAAUGCCAUCCACACACUGCAGAGCCGCUUGGUGGCCGCUUCUCCAGGCAGCUCCCUUCCAGGGGCCACUUCAGCCAGCAGCCUCCUCCAAGGCCUCAGCUUCAGCUUGCAGGACAUUACUAGCAAGACCUCUGGCCUCCCAGGAAGUCCCUCCCCAGGGCCAGCGCCACAGGCCACCGGUGUGAAAUUGCCAACCCCCAUGCAGAGUCUAGGUGCCAUCACCACAGGCACAAGCACCAUUGUCCGUACCAUUCCUGUGGCCACCACUCUCUCCUCCUUGGGUGCCACUCCUGGUGGGAAGCCCACUGCCAUCCACCAGUUGCUGACCAAUGGGGGCCUCGCUAAGUUGGCAAGCAGCCUACCUGGCUUGGCUCAGAUUUCUAACCAAGCAUCAGGCUUAAAGGUCCCCACCACCAUUACUCUGACGCUCCGGGGCCAGCCCAGCAGGAUCACCACACUAAGCCCUAUGGGUGCAGGCGCAGUACCAUCCGAGGAGCCCAGCUCCCAGAUGCUGCCCUCUAGCUCACAGCGCCUGCCUCCAGCUCCCUGAGUGUGCCAGCGAUAUGUCCUCCUUACCAGGAGAAGAGCUUGAACAACACUGGAGGGGCUGCUCCUGAAAGAUGCUGCCCCUGUGUUCUGGAACCAAAGAAAACUUGUAUCCUGCUUUGGUGGUGAAUCUGUGUGCAUCCCAUGGGUGACUUCUGAGGCAUGGCCUACAUACCCUGAAGAACUGCAGAACUGAGGAAGGGGAGCUGCAGCACACUGACCGUCACCUUUGAGAGGCUCACCAUCACGGAAGUGGCUGGAGUCUAUAGAUCACAUUCCUGAGGUCCCAUCUCAACCCACACUGCUUGGAAUGUGGAGACCCACCUCGUGGCAGACCUGGGCACAGCCUCAGAAGGUAGUACUCGCAUGAGUGUGUGGAAGGAUCAGGAAAGCUUUACAUUCUCUCAGACAACAGAGGGGGACAUCCCUGAGACGCAAAGACUUGUCCACCUUUGGUUGUAUCACUAUAAUAAUUUGGAGUGGAUGAAUUAAAAGAAGUGAGCCAGAGUGAUGGUUCUGAUCUUAAUGUUAGUAAAAAGAAUAAAAAAGCCUUCAACUUUGUGUCUGCUUCAGCUUGUU